AUGGUCCGAAUCAAGCACCGCUACUUGCUACUUGACAUCCUCUACCCAUCAGAAGACAAAUCAAUUGCAUCCUCGAAGAAAAACGGGGAGAAUCCCUGGACAGUCCAAUUCCGGCGACCCAGCUCAGACCGACUCGAUGGUAAACUCCUCGCGCGCUUGAUUCGAGAUGGCGUCUCUGAGCUUUUUGGCGACUAUGGAGCAGGAAUGGUGGCGGGAAGCCUUCAAGUCAAAUACAUAAGCCCAGCAACAUCAACAGCCAUCGUGCGAGUAGCACGUGCGCACUACCGAAUGGUUUGGGCGGCUUUGUCUUUUACGACAAGACUACCCAAGCCUAUAGAUCAGGCGUGUGUUAUUCAGGUUGUGAGGGUCAGCGGCACCAUCAAGAAGGCAGAAGAAGAAGCUAUCCGACGAGCGAGGGCAGUGAUUGUACGGGCCCAAAGGGCGAAGAGUGGAGCUGCUGCUGGCGUGGAGGUGGAUGAGGAUGGCGAUCUGGACAUGACUAAUGGCAUCGAAGACAAGGACGAUGGCGGUGAAGAUGACGACGAAGAUUGA